UUUUCUAAACAUUGCAGCUCAGCAGUGGUAUCUUAUGCUGAUAUCAGGCACACAGAUUUCUUAUAAUAAGUCUUUAUUCAGAGGUCUGGACCAGUCUCGCUCACCACCGGACACAGCUGCUAACAGAGCAUGAGAGUAUCGUUGGUGGGCGUGACAGCUGAAGCUUGCUGCUGCUUGUGACGUGGAGCAUAACUCGGGUCCACUGGGAGCUGCAGCCUUCAGACUCCAGACUACACAGACAUGUCGUUUCUAAUCUAAUGUGACUGUUCACAGAUCAGCCCCGAGGCUGGAACACAGCUCCAGAGUUUCCUUCACACAUCCGGUGCCCCAGGACGUUUUGUCUGUCUCACUGGGACAGGGGACGAUGGUGCAGGGGCCGCCAGCUGACAGCAGUGGCUCCAGGUUCACUCCCCUGGUGGUGCUGGAGCUGGCUUCAGACACCAACCAGGAUGCCAUUGCAUGGCUACUGAGCCGGAUCAGAGACCAGCAGCAGGAUGGAGGUGCGGAGCUGCUGGUGGAGCAGCUGGGCCCGGGAGUGGACGCUCAGGAGAAGGAGAACCCCAACGUGUUCCUGGUGGGGGCCACGUGGCAGAGGCUGCUCUCCGGGGCUGAGGAUGUGGGCCUCUUCAAGGAGUUCAACGAUGGAUCCAUGAGAGGCUUCACCUGCGCCAACAAACACGACUUCAAGGACUAUCAAGGGGACGGGGACUCCUUCCUCAGUAUGGCUGAGUGUCAGUACAUCAUUAAACACCUGCUGGACACAUUACGGGCCAAGCAGGAGACUCAUGUUCCGGGACACUCCGAGGUCAAGCUCUACCCCGGGAAGUCCAUCGUCCGCAGACUGCAGUCCAAGGGGAUCCUGGUCCAGGUGUUUCCCCUGCACGAAAAGGAGGAACUUAAGCGGCUGUCUUUUUCCUGGUACGGGAAGGUGAAGUUGUCCCUCCAGCCUCUGGACGACAUCAGGCACUACUAUGGGGAGGGCCAGGCCCUGUACUUUUGCUUCCUGGAGUACUUCACCUUUGCCCUGGUGCCCAUGGCUCUCAUUGGUGUGCCUUACUAUCUGUUUGACUGGGAGGACUACGACAAAUACGUGAUCUUUGCUGCAUUCAACUUGGUGUGGUGCACUGUCAUCCUGGAGCUGUGGAAGCGCUGCAGCGCCUCGCUGGCCUACCGAUGGGGCACGCUGAGCAGGAAGAAGGCCUUCGAAGAACCUCGGCCUGGUUUCCACGGCGUCCUCGGAUUCAACCCUGUGACGGGCCGCGAGGAGCCCCUCUACCCCCACGCCAAGAGGCUGCUGCGGAUCUACCUGGUGUCGCUGCCCUUCGUCCUGCUCUGCCUCUACCUGUCCCUCUACGUCAUGAUGAUCUACUUCCAGAUGGAGGGAUGGGCGCUGUCCGUCCAUGACCAGGAGCCCAGCUUCUGGACAGGAGUCCUGCUCUUCAUCCCCUCUAUCAUCUACGCUGUGGUCAUCGAGGUCAUGAACCUCAUCUACAGAUACGCUGCCGAGUUCCUGACAGAGUGGGAAAACCACCGGCUGGAGUCUUCAUAUCAGAAUCACCUGGUCCUCAAAGUAUUAGUAUUCAACUUCUUCAACUGUUUCGCCUCGCUGUUCUACAUCGCCUUCGUCAUGCAGGACAUGGUGCUGCUCCGACAGAGUCUGGCCACGCUGCUGAUCACCAGUCAGAUCCUGAACCAGUUCAUGGAGGCCUUCCUGCCCUACUGGCUGCAGAGGAGACGCAACAAGAAGAUGAUGCGCAAAGUCCAGAAGAGAAGAACUCUGGAGGACAAAGAGCUUCCGUUGGCCGAGCAGGUCCGGUUGGAGGCCGACAUGAGCACGUACCUGGGUACAUUUGAUGACUACCUGGAGCUGUUCCUGCUCUUUGGCUACGUCAGCCUGUUCUCCUGCGUCUACCCUCUGGCUGCUGUGCUGGUGGUGCUGAACAACAUCACCGAGGUUUACUCGGAUGCCUUCAAGAUGUGUCGGGUGUUCAAGCGACCCUUCUCUGACCCGGCAGCCAACAUAGGAGUCUGGCAGCUUGCCUUUGAGGCCAUGAGCGUGAUCGCUGUUGUGACCAACUGUUCGCUGAUAGGCAUGUCUCCACAAGUCAAGGCUUACUUCCCCGACUCUGAGUCCCAGCUCAUCCUAUGGACAGUGGCUAUUGAGCACGUACUGCUGGCCUUUAAGUUCAUCCUGAGCUUCCUGAUCCCAGACGUUCCCAAACCCAUCCAGAUCAGUCUGGCCCGCCUGGAGUUUGAAUCUCUGGAGGCCCUCAAGAAAAAGAGAUCGCUGCGUGGAGGAAAAUGCUGGAAGCGUCGGAGUCCAGUGAGCCGGUUCGGUGAGGAGGAGAGGAGGCCGUGCAGCAGUCGCCACCUCACACAGCUUUAACACACACACACACACACACACACACACACACACACACACACACACACACACACACUCACACUCACACUCACACUCAGAAAAACCACUGAUCUUUAGCAGGGGUGCUGCUUAUCUGCAGUGUGUCACAGCAUCACACACAGCUGUUUGUCUCUGAAUGAGGAGGUGUAAUGGGGGGGGGGUACACAGAUACAUGGGGUUGAAAUCACAGAGGAAUGCUGUAUUAUGACGUACGUUACUGUAGCAAAUACUUUAUAGCCAUGACACUUCUUUUUGGGUUGAGUUGAAUCAGUACUGAUGCAAAUGUUAAAGUUUGUCCACCUGCAUGAUUCAUUGUGUGUGUGUGUGUGUGUGCGCGCGCGCGUGCGUGUGUGUGUGUGUGUGUGUGUGUUAAACCAAAGCCUGCUGACUGUCUCUCAGUAUUAAAGCUGCUUGUAAUAUAAUAAAACAUAUGCUCCUUUUGAGUUCUGCACUCCCAAGUAUGGAAGCAAACAGAAGCCAUACACACUUGAAUCUUUAUGUAACUGACAUGAUCCCUACUGAAUACUUCAGUGGUAUUAAACACAAUAUUUGGCUCUGAAAACGGUCUAUCUGCAUUCAUGUGGUCUUUGAAACCUCCAUUAGGUCAUCUCAAGCGGUGAAACUUCCAAAGCGUAAAUGAAAAGCUAUAUUCAUGUUGCUCAAACUUUGUUGCUUAAGUUUUUUUGGAUGUAAAAAAAUGUAAAAAACAUUGGUUCUGAAUGGCUCACAGCUCUGUGCUAUCAGCUUACAGGCUGUCAGAGUUCUGGAAGUUCAACUCAAAUAAAAAGUUUAAUGCCAUGGAUGCAUUGGUAUUUAGAUUUCACCAUAUAAUAUAUGAUUGAAUCCCACAUACGGGCAUUCAGUUGCUGAGAGAUUGAAGUAAUGUGGCUUUCUGUUUGCUCACACAGACCAGAGAUCAGUUUUCUUACCUCAGCAUGUGGUGUCACCAGGGCUGUGUAUCACUUAGUAAGAAUCCAGAGGAACUGAACAUGACUUUGCACUCCUGUAACACCCCCGGUGCCUUUAACGCCUAUCUCCAUAUGUUUUCUAAGCUCCUCUGCUAUUUUAAUGAGCUGAUGUAAUCAAAUGGUUGUGGAGAAUAAAGACGAU